AUGACUUUUACAUUCUCCACUUCAUCAAGGAAAAAUGGGAGACCUCCUUUAAAAUCAGUUUCUACGGAAGAUAACAUUCAUCUAUUGAGGAAGCGGCGUCAACAGCAGCUGUCAAGUAAUUCUACAGAUAAUUCGCUGCAUCCAAAUAGUGGGCAGACUCCACGUGCAAGUGACAGCCAGGACGAUGACAUACGCAGCGCUUCAACAACCAAUUUAGACCGUUUACGACAAGAACGAGAGGAAAAUUCACUGGAAAUGGACUGCACACAGUCAAGAUUAUCUCAUAGAGCAAAUAUGCUAGUGGAUGUCCUACCAUCUUUUGAGAUGUAUAAUGCCUUGCACAGACACAUACCUCAAGGAAACGUUGAUCCCGAUAGACAUGAUUUCCCCCCUUCUUAUCAAGAAGUUCGCACUCAAAGAAUGACUAUAUUGCCCAGCAAUGAUAAUUCCGUGGAAAGGUCACAAUUGACAGCAGUGCCAGGAUCCGAAAACGCAUGUAAUAAUGCGACUGCCCAUUCUCUUACCAACCUACAUCCUCUACAAACACAACAUCUUACAAUAAACAGUACAAGAAGUGGUGGACAGUCGCUCCAUUCUUCAUCAGACACCAAUAUCAGUCAAAUACCGUUCGAAGAUGAUCUAAACGACUCGGAUAACAUUUUUAUAGACAAGUUAUACACCUUACCCAAGUUAUCCACUCCUAUCGAAAUUGAUAUAAGAAUAACGAAAACUGCAUCAAUACCUCAUGAGCGUCCUGAGGAACAGUCAAUAUUGAAGGAAUACACCUCGGGUGAUAUUAUUCAUGGUUAUUGUUUAAUUGAAAAUCGGUCCUCUCAACCACUGAAAUUUGAAAUGUUUUAUGUCACUUUAGAAGCGUACAUAUCUGUAAUUGACCGUCAGAAAGGGAAAAGAACGUUAAAGAGAUUUUUAAGAAUGGUCGAUUUGAGCGCAUCUUGGUCUUAUACAAACAUAACCCCAAGUACGGGUAUUAAUAUUGUCCCCGGUGAAAGGGAUUUUGACGAUGCCAUCAUUGGUCUUUCAAACAGCAGAGAAUUGAAGCCGAACACAAAGUAUAAGAAAUUCUUCAUGUUCAAGCUUCCUACACAGUUAUUGGACGUGACUUGCAAACAAGAGCAAUUCUCACACUGCCUUCUGCCUCCCAGCUUUGGUAUCGACAAGUAUAAAAAUAAUUGUAAAUACUCUGGCAUAAAAGUAAAUAGUGUCCUUGGCUGUGGGCAUUUAGGUACAAAAGGUUCACCCAUUCUGACACUUGACAUGGCAGAUGAUAAUUUAUCAAUAAAUUAUACAAUUGAUGCCAAAAUUGUCGGUAAAGAUAAAAGAACAUCUAAGCUGAAUAUUAUGAAAGAAAAAGAAUAUAACUUGAGAGUUAUGCCCUUCCCCUUUGCUGGUGUCACUAAUCAACAAAACGAGAAAACGUGUUUGAGACAACUGAAAAAUUUGGAAAGCUUGAUUGAAGAUAGAUUUGAAGCUUUGAACAAGAUUUUCAAGAAACUGGAAUUAAAUGAGGCCAUUUCGAAUGUAGAUAUUCAUGACACAGAUAUAAGCGGGACUUUGGACGGUAAUGAAGAUUUGGAUUCCGAUGAGAUAUUAAGACGUAAGCUAGAUCAACUGCACAUCAAUAACAGGAUUGAUGAUACCGCCAGCCAAUCACCAUCCUAUGACUCCAAAAAUAUGGCUCCAAAGGAAAACCUAGUCGAGACUGAGUUACGCUAUAAGUUUAAAAAUAAGAAUAAAUCAAAUUCAAGUUUAUUUUCUCAUUUUUUGAGUUCAUCAGAAACGGGGUCAUCUUCAACUGGUCCACAUGUAUAUAAUUCCGGAUUGAUUGUAUUAUCAGUUAAAAAACCGCAAUCUACAUUACCUUAUUGGUCACCAUCAUUGUUGAGAAAAACCAACAAAUUUGAAGCAAAGAGUGAACAAGAAAAGGAAAACUGGCAAAGGUUAAUGGGCAUGCUUCCAGAAGGAGUGAAAACCCCACUGACCAAGUUAGAUGUACAUUUGACUUGUAUCCAAUCUAAUAAUAGUGCAGGACAUAAGCCGCCAGAAAUAAGCUCUGUAACGACAGAAUUUGUGGUCAUCACAGCAAAGUCUGAUAAUUCGAUUCCUAUCAAAUUCUGCACUGAACUGUUGAUGAAUGAGAAUAGAUUAAACAAACUAAAGACAAAAUUUUUGACGUAUCAGAAAAAAGUUCAUGAAUAUCGUAAAAAAUUUGAAGAAAACCAUGCGAAGCUAAACGAGCUUUAUAAUAGAAAUAGAGAUCAUUUCACUCCAAAAGAGCUUUUGUUCACAAAUUUCAUAUCUGAUCAAAUAAACAAUGAUAUUGACAGUUUAGCUGGAUUAAAAGUUAACAUUAUUGAUUUACAUGAUAUCUUCAAAAAGCAAAUACAUACUUUUGAAGAAGAAAACGAGGAUAUUAUUUCGAAGAAAGGAAGUUCCAAUCCUCCUUCCGCGUCAUCCAGUAAUAAUAAUUUCUUACAAGCAACAUUUAGCAAUGGUGCAUCCACCGCUACUAAGUUUACUCAGCAAAUUGUGCAUGAAUGGGAAAAAGUUAAGCCAUUACAGUAUAAGAGGGAUGUUACAGUUAAUUUGAAGCUCAACCCCAACAUUAAAGAAACGUUAGUGCCCAAUCUUGAAACGUGUUUGUGUUGUAGAUUUUAUUGUGUUCGAGUAAACAUCAAAUUUGAUAACCACUUGGGUUCUAUGAAAGUUGAUAUUCCGGUUGAUGUGAAAAAGUUACAAAUUUAG